UUAAAAAUAAAUUUAUGACACAAGACAACUUCUCUUUUAUCUCUCUCUCACAUAAAAAUCCAUACUUUUCAAUUUCAUGUUUCUGGGUUUCUGUUCCCUCUUGGAUAAUCAUCAUCUCCACCACCUUCACCUUCAACCCCUCCACCUUCUUCAGCUCACCCUCUUAGAUCGGAUCCCUUCACAUUUACCAAUAAAAACAAACCCAUCAUAACCCAUAAUAUUCUACUUUCCAUAAAACAAACCAAACCAAACCAAUUUUUUAUUUUUAAAAAAAGAAAAAGAAAUAAAAGAAGAAGGGAAAGAUUGAAACUUUCAAAUUUGUAACUCCUUUGACUAUAUUUGCACCCAUAUUUCAGAAACUGGGUUUAUUUCUGUUUCUGUUUCUCUUUCCGUUUCCUUUUCUAUUUUUGUUUCUUUCUGUUUGAGUUUUUGUCUCACGAUUCUUUUUCUUUUUUUUUUUUUUAAAAAAAAAAGAGAGAAACAAACAAGAAUCAGAGAGAGAAAUAAAAAGACAAUUUUUUCCUUAUUACAAAAGUAAAUGGGAAAUGUAACAUCUAAUGUAGCAGCAAAAUUUGCAUUCUUCCCGCCAGACCCACCAACCUAUGAUGUGUGUAGAGAAGAGGAUGGGAAGCUUGUGUUGCCUGGUGUUACAGCUGAUAAAAAUAUGGAUGUUCAUUUGUUAGAGACAAAAGGCGGCAACAAGAUUGUCGCCACGUUCUGGAAACACCCUUUUGCUAGAUUUACCCUCUUGUAUUCUCAUGGAAAUGCUGCUGAUCUUGGUCAAAUGCAUGAACUUUUUAUUGAGCUUAGAGCUCAUUUGAGGGUCAACAUUAUGAGCUACGAUUAUUCCGGGUAUGGAGGCUCCUCUGGCAAGCCGUCUGAAUUCAACACAUACUAUGAUAUAGAGGCUGUAUACAAUUGUUUGAAGGAUUAUGAGAUUAAGCAAGAGGACUUGAUCUUGUAUGGCCAGUCUGUUGGAAGUGGACCUACCCUGCACUUAGCUUCUCGUUUAAAGAAAUUGAGAGGUAUCGUUCUUCACAGUGCAAUCCUAUCAGGCAUACGGGUCUUGUAUCCUGUCAAGAUGACAUUUUGGUUUGACAUUUACAAGAAUAUAGACAAAAUACGGCAUGUCAACUGUCCAGUUCUGGUCAUACAUGGAACAAGUGAUGACAUUGUUGAUUGGUCUCAUGGGAAGCGUCUCUGGGAACUUUCCAAGGAAAAGUAUGAUCCCUUAUGGAUCAAAGGUGGCGGCCAUUGCAAUCUUGAAACAUACCCCGAGUAUAUCAAGCACUUACGGAAGUUCAUAAACACAAUGGAGAAAAUCUCCAUCACGAAACCGACGAAGCAGCUUACUUCUAAUCCUAGCAUUGAUAUAAAACAUAACAAGUGCUUAAGAUGGAAGAAGGUAGCCACUCAAAUGUAGUUCAUCAAGACAGUUAGUUAUAUGGAAAGGUGAAUCCUUCUUCAGGAUUAGAUUUGCAUGCCUCGUGGACUUGGCAAUCGGCAGGCAAGUUUGGUGUUGCUUGGUAUGUUGCUGCAGAUCAGGGACUGGUAGAAAUCACAACUAGCUUAUUCAAUGCAGGUCCUGUUAAGUUAAAAUGGUCUUAGGUAGGGAGAGACUGUAGCUUUCUCUGAAAAUUAUGUAGAAGUGUUGUACCGAAAAUUGAAAAAGAAUGUGCUUGAUCUGGGUUCUUGUAUAAUUUAAUAGAGCUUUGCCUGUGUAAAAUCUAUCAUCAUUUUGGGAAAAGCAAAUACACGAGUUAUUUUUUUUUUUA